AUGGCUAGAAAAAAGGUGAAGAUUGCUUUCAUUGAGAAUGAUACCGCAAGGAAAUCAACAUACAAAAAUCGAGAGAAGGGUAUAGUGAAGAAGGUUGAUGAACUAGCAACCCUUUGCGGUGUAGAGGCUUGUGCCAUAAUAUAUGGCCCCUACGAACCACAACCUGAGAUCUGGCCAUCGGCGUCUGGAGUACAAAAUGUGCUUUCGAAAUUCAUGACAAAGUCUGAGUUCGAACAAAGAAAAAAGAUGAAGGAUAUGUCAGUGGCUGGUUUGAAUCAUCUUGUUUGGAUGAUUGAUCAGAAUCUUAAGGGGAUUAGCAGAAGGAUUGAAGCAAAUGAUAGAAACAGUAAUAUUCAUCAAAGUGAAAAUCAAAUCCAAAUGGAACAGUCACUGCUGCUACCAUUGGCGCUGCCACCACCAACCACGUCCAAUAAUGAAGACAUUGCAAUGAUGAGUCAUGGCCAUCUUCCACCACCACCGCCACCACAACCAACCGCGCCGAAUAAUGAUUAA